AUGAUUUCGACGAAUUUCGACGAUGACAUGGAAAUUACAGAGGUCUUGAAUGAAAAUAUUCUGCGUAAGCGUUCGAUGUCGAUCGCUGGCCGCACUCCUUUGUCCGACAAACAUCCAUAUGCCAUACCAGACCCCGAUGCCGCUGCUUCGUUUUCAGAAGAACAGUCGAUGUCCUUCUCAGAUGAUCUGUCACAAUCAGAAGCCAAUCAGGAUCCUGUCUGGUUAGAACUCCAAAAAGCCACGCACGCCGGGGCAUCCUCUGUCCCUUAUACAGAGGAUGAUGAUGAUGUCGAUCAUCUAGGAAUGGGUGGUGCAGAAGAGAUGGAAAUCGGUGACGCUUUGGAGAGUGAGGAGAGCGAGGACAACAUUGAAGAAGGAGACCGGACCAUGAACAUUAGCAAAGUUUUCGGGAGGCCAAGUGCUGUGUUCAUGGAUGAAACUGAGGCCUCCGUCCAAGGAUCACCGAGUCCCGAGCCUCAGCUGACUCCUUCAAUAUACCCAUCUAUGCCUUCUCCAACUCUACCUCAGCCAACAUUUACCGUUUUCCAACCUUCUACAGAGCCUACAUCAAAUACAACUAGCCCCGCGACAUCUCAACAAGUAAAUGUAUUUACAAACUCGAAGCCAAGCGUACUUAGCUCCUCUAGCGCGACCAACGUACCAUCUCCAUUAAAGAAAUCCCCUUCCAAAGUCGGUCCAAAGACCUUUACUGCUGCAUUCGCCCCCCCGGUUGCUCGGUCCCCUCUGAGGCAACCCAUCAAGUCCCCCCAGAGCUCAAAACGCACUCAUUCUCAGAGGUCAAACAAUGAAAAUUCGGAGGACAGUUCAAGUCCAGCCAAGCGAUUAGCUGUCGCUUCACAUCGGCUUGCGCAUGAUCAUGACCGCCCAUUUGCUUCCUCUUCAGCUGCUCCAACUCCCCGACCGCUAUCGCCUAGUAAGAAGGCACGUUUCGAGAGCAUAGGGUUGAAGGAUUCUCCGCAGAAGACAUCGGCUGCCAAACGCCCUUCCGGUUAUUUUGCUCGGAGGCGUAGCAUGAACUUGCUCCUGCUGCUACUCGAACGUCUCCCCAGAAGAAAGCAAGGUCUUGGAUUGGGCCGAGCGAGCAUGGGUUCGGGCCCUACGGAUGCGUGGAGACGAUUCAAUAGAGAUGCAGGUAGUGGUCUCCCAAGUGAACGGACUGAAAUAACAGGAGAAGAUCUCGAGAUCCCUUUACCUGAUGAUACACAUCAGCGGUCUUCCCCUGAUCGUUCGGCGCCUCCGGUAACAUUCAGCUCGCCUUCGCCUUCACCUACUCAUCCAUCACCCGUCGUCAAUGGCGAACUCUCUGUUUCGGAUCCUCCAAGCCCUGAGGAUCAGGAAGGUCGGAUGGAUGUUGACUUGCAAACCACCGAACAGUGGCGGCAAGAAGUCGAGCCAGAUCUAGAUGAGGAUGAAGGACUUCCCAUUUCCAUCCAGCAGUUCUUCGAAAUGACGAACAUCAAAUUCAUGGAUGAUCUGACUGCUCCACGGAGAUCUAUGCAUCCCUCCCAGCUUGCAUCCAGGCAACCUCGAAACCCCGCAGACAUACGUCCGGCAGAAUAUACCAUUGCUGUGGCUAUUGACAUCCCUCAACUCUCAUUGUAUUCACGCGUUUCAAGUGAUCUUCAAGCAUGGAUGCAACAGAGUAAGGAUGUCUUUGUUGAAGCAGAAGAGGAAGCUGCGAAGAUGACACCAGAGUUAUUCGUCGAGUUCUCACGAGCGGAUGAAGAAGGGCAAGCCGAAUUAUUACACCAACUCAAUCUUAUCCGUACCAAUACAAGAGCCCAAGCAAAAUCGGAUUGGUACGAAUGGAAAUUGCAGUGGAUUGAGGGCUUGCGAGUGACGGCAGAACAAGCCUUGGGCGAACUCGAGAUGGACGCGAAAGCUCUGGCGGGUCUACGAACUCACGCAGAUGACAUCAUCCCUGCUCUGCAACAAGAAUACGAUAACAUCAUGCAAGAGUUGCAACAAGAGCAAGCGGAGGUCGCUGAGAUUGAACAAUGCGAUCAGGAUUACCUCAAUGAGCUCAAGGCCUCGAUCGCUGAGCAAAACAUCGAAGUCGACGCCCUCAAAACCGAAGUAUCUGAGGGAAAUGAUCAGUUAAAAUGGUUAGGUGAACGCCUGGAGGAAAUCGAGCUUCAACGGCGCCAAGCGAAUGCCGCGAUAUCAGAAGCAAAUCGCAUCUUGCACAUGCAAACACACAGCACGGAGGCCGAAGUGUUUAGGUUACGAAGUGAACUUGAAGCCCUAGAAGAUAUGCACAUGUUCCACGUGGCUAAAGUAGAGGUUCAGACGUUGGAUACCAUUCGCUUCAAGUAUAAGGACGACUUUCCUCAUCUCAGCCGGUUUUUAGUGUCGGCAGCUAAUCAUCUCGUUCACAAUACCGAUGCAAGGACAACCCGGCAGAUUGUCCACCUUCUUCGUGAUUACUGGUCAUCUUGUUCCCAGCUGCGCCUUCAAAUGUCGUACAUUUCCAUAAGGUUCCCUGUGGAUAUAACGACUUCUACUUCUGGGAACCCAACCUUCACUGCAGUUGUGAACAUGAUGUUCCCCCCAAAGAAGGCGAAGGUUUUGGUCUCAUUUCACUUUGAUCUGGGUGUAUUCUCCAAGUGGCCUUGUUCUGUUGCAUCCAUUCAAUACGGAGUAGAGGUUGCCUAUGGCAGUGUCGACCCUUCCCCUAUCUCUGAUGCAGUGGCUCAACGAUUGCAAGAAGCGAGUCCCGAUGAUAGCUACGCAUGUUUGUUGGACGCAUGCAUAGACGCACACGAAGCUUGCCAGUAA